AGAAGGGAACCACCAAGCUCAGCACCAUCAGCAGCAGUUCACGUUCUAAUCGCUUGCGGUACGCACGCGCCACCCAGAAAGACGUCGUCGUCGUCGUGUGCGCCGGUUUGGAAGCUGAGACCGGGUCCGUCGUGUCAUUAGCUUCGUGCGCGUAAUUGCUGGUGAUCUCCUCAAUCCCUCCACGUUACCCGAGCGAGGGCUUAAUUGGUUUCCAACGACUUCUAGUUGUGUUCGGAGUACGACGACGACGACGACAACGACGACAAAACCCGGAGGCGAGGCGCGUGUCGUGUGAUAAGAACUGAUUUGCGGCUUAUCGGGCCUAUAGUGUGUGGUUGUGCCCCGUGCUCGAGUGAUAUGAAUGACACAAGCCAUAAGGAAGCGUACAUUCGAGACGCAUUGAUACCGGAGCUAGUGCGGAGGGCCAUUCUCACCUUCACCGAAGAUGCGCCCGCUCGGGGCGUCGCAACAUUGAAGUCUGUUGAGGUGAAGCCACUCGUCACCAAUGGGUUUAUGCUGACGAUACCGUUCAAGGUCACCGUAGUGCUAGAGGAAGGCGCACCGAAUGGCGAGACUAAUGGUGAAGUAUCGACGAACGGCCAAACGAUUAACGGCGACGGAUCGCCCAGAGCCGAAACACUCCAUCUGGUGGUGAAGAUAACACCGGACUGCAACGAGGAGAUGUACCGUGGCUGUCAAUUCGAGACACUGUUCGAGAACGAAAUGAUCGCCUACACCGAAAUCAUUCCAACGCUCGGCAAGGCGGAGCUGUAUCCAAGGUACUACCACUGCGAGCGGAAACCAUCGGAAGCCCUAAUGGUAAUGAGCGAUUUUUCCUUUUCCGGCUGGAAAAUGGCCCCGAUGGUUGUCAACCUGCCGCUGGACUAUAUCGUGCUGGCCGUGAAGGAACUGGGCCGCUUCCAUGGUGAGUGCUACGGAAUGAAGGAAACCCGGCCAGACCAGUUCGACCGAAUUCGGCGCAAGUUCAAGGAAUCUCGGUACGCGGUCGAUAUUACCGAUGAAACGUGGCUGACGCUCAUGGAGGUUGCGGCGAAGCGUGCGAUCCGGGCGGCCAAGGAGAGCCGCUUCGGUGCAGAAAUCCCCGAAGAGUACCUGGCCAAGCUGGCCCGCCUGUUCGAGGUUCCUUGGGAGCACGCGAAACGGAAGGUAGCGCCCCGCGAACCGAUGGCCAUCAUCUGCCAUGGUGAUUACCUACGCAACAACAUGGCCUUCCGUUACGAUGACGCACAGGACUCGGAGAAACCCACUCAGGUGAUGAUGUUUGACUUUCAAACCCUGCGCUACGCUUCACCGAUGAUCGAUUAUGCCACGUUUCUGGCCAACUCGACCGGAUACGGUGUCCGGGAGCAUCAUUUUGAGCACAUUUUCCAGCUGUACCAUCGCGAGCUGGUCCAGACGGUGGCGCGGAUCGUCGGAGUGUCCGAUGUAACGGAACUUGCGCCUCACUUUAGCUACGAGUUAUUUCACCGUGAGCUGGCCGAGUAUUAUAGCUAUGGAUUCAACAUUGCGUCCUCCUUUCUCAUGGUACUGUACGAACCGAUGGAGAUCUCCUUCACCGAGGUGCUGAUGACGCGCGAAGAAGCCGAAGCGGAUGCGUGGCAACGGGGCGGUGAACCGUUGAACCGUGAGCUUGCGGCCAUGGUUUACGAAAUGUACCAGCUUCACAGUAGGUACGGACUGGAACCAGUGUAGGAACCGUACGCACAAGUAUUCGUUUGUCCUGGAAGUUACCCGAACCUUCCGCCAACGGGAACAGGCACUAAAAAUAAAGACGUUAACCAGA